UGAGUCUCUGUUGCCUUAGUCUCUGUAGUUUUGAGUCUCUGGUUAACGUGUCGUUGCUUGGCGGUGACCUGAGGUCAGGGUGUCAUUGUCUCUGCAGUUGACAUGUCUGCGGUCAGAGCUGCGUCCGUCCUGCUGAGUGUCUGCGUCCUCAUGAUCCUCGUUGUUCUGCCCUGCAGUGCUCAAGCACCUCCCAGCUGUCGCCCAGGUCAUGUGACACCAGGAGAACUCUGCUGCGGCCCUCGAGGAGGACGAGUCUGUUGUCUCUGUGAAAACAAACCUCCAUCAUUCCAGCUGACACCCGAUCUACUGCCGCUCCGAGGAAGUGACUGCAGCUGCAACAUCACCAACAGCCACUGUGACGAGUCCAGAGUCUGCAGGUGUGACCCAGGCUGGGAUGGUGAGCGCUGUGACCACUGUGUGCCGAUGCCUGGUUGCGUGCACGGCUUGUGUCAACAGCCGUGGCAGUGCAGCUGUGAGCCGGGCUGGGGGGGGCGCUUCUGUGACAAAGACCUGUUCUUUUGUGCUGAGCAGCCGUGUGAGAACGGAGCGACCUGCGUGAUGGAGGACAGCGGUGACUUCAUCUGUCUGUGUCCUGAAGGUUACCACGGCAACAACUGUCACCUGAAGAUAGGACCAUGUCACCAGAAGAGGUCUCCGUGUAAAAAUGGUGGUCUGUGUGAAGACGCUGACGGUUUCGCAGCAGAGUUGACAUGUCGCUGUCUGGCCGGCUUCAAGGGACCCCACUGUGAGACCAAUGUGGAUGACUGUCUGAUGAAGCCAUGCGGUAACGGCGCCACCUGUUUGGACGGCAUCAAUCGCUUCUCGUGCCUCUGCCCCUCUGGCUUUACUGGACGCUUCUGCACCAUCAACCUGAACGACUGUGCCAGUCAACCCUGCCUCAACGCAGGCCGCUGCCUCGACCGCACCAGAGGCUUCCACUGCGUCUGCCAGCCCAGUUUCACCGGAGCCACCUGCGAGAAGGUGCUAAGGAGCCGUGAUGCCCUCAAGGCUGGCUGGACAACGCUGGGGUGGGAGGGGCCAGGAGGAGGUGAGGUUAGGAACCACAGGACAAGCAGUAACAGUAGUCGUCAAGACGACCAGCUGUUUAAGGUGACAGUGAGUGAGCGAGGUGCCGUUGGCCUAUCAGAGAUCCAGCUCAUCAUCCUGUUGAUGCUGGCAGCACUGACGCUGGGCUUGGUGGCGCUGACUGCCGCCCUGGUACUGCAGGGUCAGUGUGGGGACUGUGGCCACGCCCCUUGCUGGUCACUGACUUCAUCAUCAUCAGAACAGAAGAGCAGACGCCAAGUGCAGCAAGACGAACAGAGCGGUCACAUCAGAUUUCUAAAUACUGCAGAACCGCAGAAGAAGAAACUCAACACUGAGGUUGUGUAGAUGAGGAGGCAUUCAAAAGAGAGAGAGGACAUAUCUCUCCCUCGUGUGGGAACUACAGAGUCAAAGGUCAGACGUCAUCUGCAUCAGGUUCAGGUCUAAUUCUCCCAGGAUGCACCUCUGCUAAUAUCCAAAUCCUCUGUGACAUCAUCACCUUUAAACCUAAAAAGUUCUAUUUAUAAUAAUACUACAUUACCCAUGAGCCUCAGCUGCUGUGUAGGAGGUUGGUCACGUGCAAAACGUUCAACCAGCCAAUCAAUGUCGAGCUGCCACCGUUAAGAAGGUGGAACUUCCAAAUAUGGUUGAGGGAGUGGUGGGGGGGUUGAGGUCAGAGUUGUGACGGCCCCUCGUCAAAUCACCGGGACGUUAUUCAGACUUCAUGUCAGUGUUAAAUGGUGACGAUUGAUUUCUGAUGAUUUGUUUUUUUUUUCAUGUUUUAUUUUGUGCUUAUUUGAUUUUUUCACUUUUUUUGUUUUUCACUAAUGAAAAAGAUCAAAUGUGAUUUAAUAAAUUAUCUGAUGAUGAUGUCAUCAUCUCAGGUUAACUGCUCUCUGGAUUAAUACAGCUCCACCUGCAGGUGUGAACAUGCAGUAACACACUGAAGCUCAGACUGUGUGCUAAGUGUGUGCAAAUCAUGCUAACCAGGGACGUGCCCAGACAUUUUGGGGGGCAGGGGCUCAAGUGAGAAAAGGGCACUGUUUUAAAACAAAAAGUUGAAUGUAGUAGAACAUCUCCGACUUUCUUUACAAUUUAAUGUAUUACCCUUACACUCACGCAAUUGUUAAAAACAGUUCACAAAGUAUAUAACUGCACAUGGCUGCUUUUUCAUCCGUUAAUAUUAGUUAAUAAAUUCAGUCAAACAUGAACUUUCUUUUUAUUUACAGUGUUUAUUAACGUGUUGAUGUCUCUUUGAUUAU